AUCUACACGAGCACACGACUCAUCGCAUCAAGCAAGGUAUGUUAGACGAGGUGUGUUGAGCAACAAGCCUGUAUGAUUUAAGUACUCAUUUUUCUCAUACAACAUCAAGAAGAAGAUAGCAACAGAGACAGAAGACGAUGUCAUUGUCACGACCCCAUCACGGGCGUCCGAGCGGACGACGGCAUGCAGCCUUGGGCAGUGGCGCGGCCACUGGGCUUCGUAGUUCUUGCUGCGGGACAAAAUGUGGUAAAAACUCCCGGGGACCGCGCUUCCCCGUCCUUUUCCAGCUCGUCCGCGCAGUCGUGGCAAGGAUCCAUGACGCAGCCAGCAACAACCCAGGCAGCGUCGACGUGCUGAGAUCCAGUUCAUCAACUGCCAGCAGUGCCAGUGUCGAGUUUGAAUUGGACCCGGACGCAGACACUUCCGAAUUUUUUCCCCAUGUCGACGUUUUUUCGCCGGGGGCCGCGACAGCGCCACUAGAAGAAGCUACUUCAAGGAGCACAAGACGUCGUGGCACUACUGCUCCCCCGGAGGUGGACCUAGACCACCCUGUCUUCCUUGACGAUCAGCCUACCACGAGCAGCGCCACGUCGAGAGCUGCGCAACCACAGCAGUUGAGAUCGGAGCAACGAGGCGGGAGCAGCAGCAGCUCGUCUUCAAGGAAGACAGGACAGGGCACCGAGACGUCGGCCGACCUGCGAGACGAAAAAAGGGCUGGAAGCCGCCCGGUGCACCGUUCUGCACGUAGCCGGGAGACUAGUAGAAGAAGUUCCAUGACGGGGUCAAGCGAAAAUGAAGCUGGGUCUUCGUCGUCCUCUUCUUCGUCCCUCAUAGAGCUGAACAUUACCGGUCGAGAACACGACCAUCCCAAUCAUCUUGUCCAACAAAGCAGACACCAGCAGCAACAUCCCGGUUUUUACCACCACGAGGACCUGUCUACCACUUCUGACGAAGUAGCCCGAGUCGCGAACAAGCUCGUGCGGAAAGAGCACGGGGGCGGCAGCAUGCUGGAGAUUGAUGGUCGUGCAACUUCUACUCUCGCAGCGAUGAAAUCCAAAUCGUCAUGGCAGUCCGGGAGUGCAGCUGCCGGCACCACGCCGAGCAGCAGCAGCAGCUCAUCCUCUGCCCUUGGUGGAGGUACAGGUGGUCCCAGUCCCACCCAGCAGGCGUCUUUCUCGCAGGCGCAAGCCGAGUCUCAAUCUUCAACGACCACGAAGACGGGAAACACAACGGUCGAGGCCCCAGACAUGAUUCUCGCUGGAAUGUCCUUUGUGGGGGUCGGCCUGGUCGCCGCGGUGUCCUACCAAUUGGGAUUUUCUAAAGGAAAACUUGCGGUAAACUUUCUUCACUUGUUGUUCAACUAUUACUUUAGAUUAAGAUUUGCUGAUCAUGGAUUGUACCUCUACCUUUAUUUCGUAGUCCCGCAUCAUGAUACGCAUCAUGUUUUUCAUCGUGUGAACAAUUUUUUUUUUAAUGACAGAGUGGCGGCGGCGAGAAGGGUGCUGCCGACCUUCUCGCCCUUCUUCAAGCCGGCGGCGUCGGAAAUCUUGCCAGUAUGAGCACCAGCUCCUUCCAAGCGGAGGCGCCAGCUGUUAUGCAUACUACAAAAGUAUGAUCGUAGUGGUAGAAGUCGACGUACAACGAAAAACAACUCAUUGCAGUGAAGCAUUACAGAUUUGGAUUUGCAUUUUUGCUAGAUCAGCAUGUUGACAAAACCCUGCACUCUCGUACAAGCAUACUUUUCCAAGGCAUAGCUCCACCGUCGCCCCCGAGACCACCGAAAGCGAAGGCCCCCGCCGCGAAAGCGAAGUCCGGCAGCGGCGGGUCGCUCACGAUCGCCACUGGGAGCACGGCCUUUGGGAAGUCUUCCACAGACGUGGCUUCCGUCGCGAAAGCUGCCCCGAAGGCCAAAGCCACUGCAAGUUCGCCGUCUCCCCGUGGUUCUUCCGGAGGUUCACCCAAGAAAGGUGGCCCCGACCGGUCCUCUGGGCAGACGCUGGUUAUCGACGGUCUCGGGGUGAAGAACAUCAACUUAAAGGCCAAGGCGGGCAAGCGGAUCAUCAAAAAAGACGGGGAUCCGCCCAGCCCGAAGAAGCAUCUGACGUGGCGAGACGAAACGAGUCCGAAAAACCGGGAGUCGGUGAUAUGAACUGCAAAAGCAUCGUACUCGUAUAAAUGCAUUACAAAUUUUCUCAGCAUGAAAAAUAAAAUUUGUAAUGCGGAUUUACCUUAAGACAAAGAUUUGUAAUGCUAGACUUGCAUUUAUACGAGUACGAUACUUUUGCACGGGAUAGGUGAACUUUAUCAGCGACCGAGGGGAGGACCAGGUAUCAUCUGUAAAAGUGUCUGGGUCUGGAAGAAUGCAUGUUUGUCAUGCUUGUUUGGCAUAACUCUGAAAUCUGUCAUGCACGUUACCCAAGAGCUCCACUUUUCUGUGAUGCAGAAACGCAGUUUGUCAUGCAGAAUAGGCAACACCUAGAAGCUCAGAAACUUGUCAUGCUGAGCCAGCAUUUGUGGCUUCAUCAUGAGACGCCACCCAGCAUCACAAGUUUCCAGACCCAGACAUUUUUACAAUCCAUACCAGGCGGCGUUGAUGCAGUUUGCAGCCCAGAUGGCGGCCGUGGAAGCAGCGAAGGAAGAUCGGGGGGUCGACGACGACGACGGGGAGUACUAGUAGGGCGGACGAGAAAAGCAAGGAAGUUGUAGCAUGUCAGUAGAGCAGCUGGUGGAGGUCGUGUGCCAACAACAACGGCGACAUCCAACAACAGGAGCUACAGCUAUGAAAUGGUUUGAAGUACGGAGCUGAAAAUCAGAAUGAGCCAGCAACAACGUCGGACCAAGACGAACGACGCACACGACGCACUGUUGAAAAUUUUCCAAGAAACAAAAAGCUAUCACUUGUACAAUAUCACAGGGCAGAACCCAGCAGCACAGUUUCAACAGUGACAAAAAAAACAGACACGAGGGGACUGCAAACAUGUACAUGCAUCGGAGUCGGUGCUGCUCUACUAGCUUUGCCAUUUUCAAGUUAAGCGGAGUUCUGGCAACC